UGUUUUACACCUCAGAAACAGCGGCGGCUGCGGGUGAAGGGGAGCGGAUGCCUCAGAUAGAGAGAGAGAGAGAGAUAUAUAUAACAUUGACGGAACCGACUGCGUGCAUUAUUACAUUGACCACUCACUGACCAAAAAGGAAGAGGAUAACAACCAAAACAAAAACCAAAGCAGCCGGAGGGAUCUGAUGCGGGAGAAAAGAAAUAUUCGUGUGUGUAGGGGUGGGGGAGAUAAAUAAAAAGGAGAACUUGUGAGGGGGAGAGAGGAUAAAUGAUGAGGAUUUGGGUAUUUUUUAAAAAAAACAUUCUUCCCCUCUCUUUGGGUUGAAUGAGAUGAAGCUGAGGCGGUUUUGCUGAGGAGGGUUUUUUCUUUAUUUUAAAAAAAUCCUCAUUAUUCAUCACCAACGGCUUUCCCAAAGCCCUGUCAUUGUGUGUUUUUUUUUAUAUAUAUAUAAAAACACACAUUAUUUGAGGGGGGGAACCGACGACAAGAUGCUGUGUUUUGCUGCAGCCGCCGUGUGAAUUGGGGGUAAGAGGAGGAGGGUGAGAGACAUUUAGAAAAGGGUGGUGUGUGGAGGGGAAAAAUUAGGCUUUUAACCGAAAUAACCUUCAGCCGCUUUCUGAGAGCGAAAAAAAACCCCUCCCCACACACACCUACCCAGAGGAGGGAGAAAUGAUGUGUGUAUCCGCCGUCUCUGCAGCUCUUCCUUCACCAGGAUUAUAACUGUACCCUUGGACCUGGAGGACACUCUGCUGAGCUUUAUAUUUUUAUUAUAUUUGAGGGGAGGAAGGAUGUGCUUUAGAAGAAAAGGAGAGACCUAAAUAUCUCGAGAUCCAGACUGUCCACACAGCCCCCUUCCCAACAACAACCUUGCUGCCUCCAGUUGUGAUUUAUAAUAUAUAUAUAAGGCACAUUUCUGUGUUGAACAAGGCUCGUAGCCCUCUCCCACUUUCCUCCUGACCCACCUCCUCCUCCUCCACUGCAAGCCAAGAUGUCUGCAGAAGUGCGCCUGAAGAAACUGGAGAAAAUGAUCCUGGACGGACCUCGGAGGAACGGUGCGGCGGUGAGCGUGGAGACCUUGCUGGACAUCAUCAUCUGCCUGUACGACGAGUGCAGCAGCUCUCCCCUGCGCCGGGAGAAAAACAUCACCGAGUUUCUGGAGUGGGCCAAGCCUUUUACUGUUAAGGUGAAGCAGAUGCGGCUCCACAAGGAAGAUUUCGAAAUCCUGAAAGUCAUUGGCCGAGGAGCAUUUGGCGAGGUUGCUGUUGUGAAGUUAAAAAACGUUGAAAAGGUUUUUGCCAUGAAGAUCCUCAACAAAUGGGAGAUGCUAAAGCGAGCAGAGACUGCCUGCUUUCGAGAGGAGCGGGAUGUGUUGGUAAAUGGAGACAGUCAGUGGAUUACCACAUUGCACUAUGCUUUCCAGGAUGAAAAUUAUUUGUAUCUUGUGAUGGACUACUAUGUGGGAGGAGACCUCUUAACAUUACUCAGCAAAUUUGAGGACCGGUUACCAGAGGAUAUGGCAAAGUUUUACCUGGCAGAAAUGGUUUUGGCAAUUGAUUCUGUUCAUCAGCUACACUAUGUCCACAGGGACAUCAAACCAGACAACAUUCUACUGGAUGUAAAUGGGCACAUCCGGCUGGCAGACUUUGGCUCCUGUCUCAAGCUCAUGGAAGAUGGAACUGUCCAGUCUUCUGUUGCAGUUGGAACACCCGACUACAUUUCUCCUGAAAUCCUGCAAGCCAUGGAAGAUGGCAAAGGGAAAUAUGGGCCAGAGUGUGACUGGUGGUCACUUGGUGUCUGCAUGUAUGAAAUGCUUUUUGGAGAAACACCUUUUUAUGCAGAAUCUUUAGUAGAAACCUAUGGAAAAAUUAUGAACCACAAAGAGCGAUUUCAGUUCCCAGUGCAAAUCACUGAUGUUUCUGAAAAUGCUAAAGACCUUAUCCGGAGGCUGAUCUGUAGCAGGGAGCACCGGCUGGGUCAAAAUGGAAUUGAAGACUUUAAGAAACACCCAUUCUUCAGCGGCAUUGAUUGGGACAACAUCAGAAAUUGUGAAGCACCUUAUAUCCCUGAAGUUAGCAGUCCCACAGAUACGUCAAAUUUUGAUGUGGAUGAUGACUGUUUGAAAAAUUCUGAGACGAUGCCUCCACUUACACAUACCGCUUUCUCUGGGCAUCACCUUCCAUUCAUAGGGUUCACCUAUACUACUAACUGUAUUCUGUCUGACAGAAGCAGUCUGAGAGAUGCUGCUGGUUCAUCCUCAACAGAUGUCGAUAUCAAUGUUCAGCGGACAUUAGAGGACAGCCUGGCCACUGAGGCUUACGAGAGGAGGAUACGACGUUUAGAACAAGAAAAACUUGAACUGAGUAGGAAACUUCAAGAGUCUACACAGACUGUUCAGGCACUUCAAUAUUCAACUGUGGAUGGUCCAGUAACUGCAAGCAGAGAACUGGAAAUUAAAAGGUUGAAGGAAGAAGUGGAAAAAUUGAAACAACAAGUAUUCGAUUUUGGUCAGAUGGAGCAGCAGCUCGAAGAAGCAAGUCUCAUCAGAAGGGAUUUUGAGGAUGGCUGUCGACAAAUUAAGGCACUUGAGAAGCAAAUCAAAUUGUCGAAGCAGGAGAAAGAUGAUCUUCAGAAGGAAAUGUUUGAAUCCAAUGAAAGGUUGAAAUUGCAAACCAAAGAACUUAAAGAUGCCCAUAGCCAGCGUAAACUGGCCAUGCAGGAAUUCUCUGAUAUGAACGAGAAGGUCACAGAACUGCGUUCCCAGAAACAGAGGCUUUCCCGACAGCUCCGGGACAAAGAGGAAGAGAUGGAAGCAAUAAUGCAGAAGACUGAGAGUUUGCGCCAAGAACUGCGGAGAAUGGAGCGAGCCAAAAAAGACUUGGACGUGCAGAUGGAAAAAGCAGCAGCAGAGGCAUCCAAGGAGCGAAAACUGCGGGAACGGAGUGAGCAGUACUCAAAGCAACUGGAAGAUGAACUUGAGGGGCUCAAGAAAAGGCAAGUUGGACGUUCCCCUGGUGUGAGCAGUACAGAGCAUCAGCAGGAAGUGGCCAAACUCAAAGCUGAUCUGGAGAAAAAGAUUGUGUUCUACGAGGAGGAGCUGGCCAAAAGGGAAAUCCUGCACAUGACUGAGAUCAAGAACUUGAAGAAGGAGGUGCGAGAUGCAGAGGGACAGCAUCUCACCCUGAAGAAAGAAAUAAUGAUUCUGAAAGACAAGUUAGAAAAAACCAGAAGAGAAAGUCAGAACGAAAGGGAAGAAUUCGAGGGAGAAUUCAAGCAAAAGUAUGAACGAGAGAGAAUCAUGCUGAGUGAAGACAAUAAGAAAUUAUCAACUGAACUUGAUCAGCUCACUAUCAUGUUUGAGAAGCUAAGUGCAAGCAACAAACAGAUGGAGGAGGAGUUACGUGACUUAGCAGAGAAGAAGGAAUCAGUGGCCCACUGGGAGGCCCAAAUCACAGAGAUCAUCCAGUGGGUGAGUGAUGAGAAAGAUGCUCGAGGCUACCUUCAAGCACUGGCAACUAAGAUGACUGAGGAGUUGGAAUCUUUGAGAAAUUCCAGUUUAGGAGUACGAGCAACAGAUAUGCCAUGGAAGAUGCGUCGGUCGCAGAAAGUAGACAUGUCAGCUCGAUUGGAACUACAAUCAGCACUCGAUGCAGAGAUCCGAGCCAAACAGGCAAUCCAAGACGAGCUCAAUAAGGUCAAAGCAGCCAGCAUAUCUACAGAAUGCAAAUUGCAAGAUGGUGAGAAAAGAAACCAGGAACUGCUGACUGAGAUUGAAAAACUCAAGAAGGACAUGGAGGAAAUGAAAACAGAAAAGGGUGUAAAGCACCAAGACUCACAGAAUUCUUUCUUGGCAUUUUUGAAUACACCUGCCUCUCCUCUGGAUCAAUUCGAAAUUGAUUCCAUUGAGAAUUUCAACCUGUCCAAUUCUCCAUCUGGUGACGAGGUGAAAUCACAGAUAUAUUCUCGCUCUCGGUCGCCAUCCACAGCAAGUGAUAUAGAACCUGUGGAGGGAACUGACAAUCCUCAACGUACAGUACUGACGCCGACCAUCAGGUCCUCCUACAGUGGUUCCAGUGUCUCAACCCCAAAGCCGAAGGCUCAUCAGUUUGUCGUGAAAUCAUUUAACACACCAACAAAAUGCAAUCAGUGCACAUCCCUGAUGGUUGGCCUAGUACGACAGGGCUGCACUUGUGAAGUAUGUGGGUUCUCGUGCCACGUGACUUGUGCAGACAAAGCACCGGCUGUGUGCCCCAUCCCACCUGACCAAACAAAGGGACCACUGGGGAUCGACCCGCAGAGAGGCAUCGGGACAGCAUAUGAGGGUCAUGUUCGGGUACCCAAACCAGCUGGAGUGAAGAAAGGGUGGCAGAGGGCACUAGCAGUAGUUUGUGAUUUCAAACUGUUUUUGUAUGAAAUUGCAGAAGGAAAAGCUUCACAGCCAAGUGUGGUGGUUAGCCAAGUUAUUGACAUGAGGGAUGAAGAGUUUUCAGUUAGCUCUGUAUUAGCUUCUGAUGUUAUCCACGCCAAUAGGAAGGAUGUCCCCUGUAUCUUCAGGGUUACAGCCUCACAACUAUCAACGUCCAAUAACAAGUGUUCAAUCCUCAUACUGGCCGACAGUGAAAACGAGAAAAAUAAAUGGGUGGGGCUGCUGACCGAGCUGCACCGGAUCCUCAAGAAGAACAAACUCAAGGACCGAUCGGUCUUUGUUCCAAAGGAAGCUUAUGACAGUGCCCUGCCACUCAUUAAGACAACACAGUCAGCUGUGAUUAUAGAUCAUGAAAGGAUAGCACUGGGAAAUGAAGAAGGAUUGUUUGUAGUCCAUGUCACCAAAGAUGAAAUCAUCCGUGUUGGUGAUAAUAAGAAGGUCCAUCAAAUCGAGCUCAUCUCAGGGGAGCAGCUCAUCGCUGUCAUUUCCGGAAGAAACCGGCACGUCCGCCUCUUCCCCACUUCUGCCCUUGAUGGUCGGGAAGGCGAUUUCUUCAAACUGGUGGAGACAAAGGGCUGCCAGACUCUGGUAUCGGGAACAAUGCGCCAUGGUGCAGCCACAUGCCUCUGCGUGGCCAUGAAACGACAAGUGCUGUGCUACGAACUCAACCAGAGCAAAACUCGUCACAAAAAGUUCAAAGAAAUCCAAGUCCCAGGCAACGUGCAGUGGAUGGCCAUUUUCAGCGAGCGCCUGCUUGUCGGCUACCAAUCCAGUUUUGCCAAAUACCCGCUGCAGGGGGAUGGGGGUCCCAUAAGCUUACUCCACCCUGAUGACCACACACUCUCCUUUAUCACGCAGCAGCCCAAUGAUGCAAUCUGUGCAGUAGAAAUCUCUGGCAAGGAGUAUUUAUUGUGUUUCAGUACUGUGGGCAUUUAUGUGGACUGCCAGGGUCGAAGGUCAAGGCAACAAGAACUGAUGUGGCCGGCUAUUCCCACAACAUGCUGUUACAAUGCUCCAUAUUUGUCUGUGUAUAGUGAGAAUGCUGUAGAUGUAUUUGAUGUGAACACUAUGGAAUGGAUUCAGACAGUUGCACUAAAGAAGGUUCGGCCACUUAAUACAGAGGGGACACUUAACCUGCUGGGUCUCGAGACUAUCAGGUUAAUCUAUUUCAAAAAUAAGAUGGCAGAAGGGGAUGAGCUUGUUGUUCCUGAAACAUCUGAUAACAGCCGCAAACAGAUGGUCAGGACCAGGAGCAAACGGAGAUAUUCCUUUCGGGUGCCUGAAGAGGAGAGACUCCAGCAGAGAAGAGAAAUGCUUCGAGAUCCAGAAAUGAGAUCCAAAUUAAUCUCAAAUCCAACUAAUUUCAACCACAUUGUACACAUGGGCCCAGGUGAUGGCAUACAGAUCUUAAAAGAUUUGCCAAUGCCAGAAUCCCCACAUCCACCUCCCAAUCAGCACUUCAGCCUGAUCUCCACUCCAACCAACUUUGAACACAUUUAUCACAUGACUGUCCACUCUGCUGAGAAGUUCCUGUACCACGAACCCCACGUCUGCACCCUUUCUCCAGACUCUGCCUCCAGCUUGCCACAUUCCAUAACACCAAGGAAUCUACGUCCUCAGGAUGAGAAGAGUCGGACUAUGUUUAGCGCUUCCGUCAGUAUCCCUGCUAUUGCACGAUCUCGCACAGAACCAGGCCGCUCCAUGAGUGCCAGCAGUGGGCUGUCGUCAAGAUCAACGGCACAAAAUGGAAGUGCCCUUCGAAGAGAAUUCUCAGGAGGAAACUAUGUCAACAAACGUCAACCAAUGACGUCGCCCUCCGACGGCUCUCUUUCUUCGGGUGGAAUGGACCCGGGAAGUGAUGUUCCAACGAGGGAGUUUGAGCGUGAUGAUUCUGAUUCUCCAAGACACUCCACAGCGUCCAACAGUUCCAACCUGAGCAGCCCACCCAGCCCCAUCUCGCCCCACAAACCGCAGUCACUCUUAUUGGAAAACGCAGAGCACAUCAGCUGGGAAACAUGAGAUUGCUCAGCUCUGGAAAUUCUAACAAAUCAGCCCUUACUUCUGUCUUGCUGCACCCAGUCCUACUCUGCUGUUCCAACCUGUGCCGGGCUAUUGCUGCAGAUCCGUCAAAAAGGCACUAGAGGUUUAUGGAUUCAGGAGCAAGGCCUGAUCUCGUAAAUCUAUAUCACACUCACACACACACACACACACACACAUAUACAUAUACACACACACACACACAUAUAUACAUUUACGCACAUACACACACACAGACGCACACACACACAUAUAUACACACACACACAGAUUGGGCAGGAGCUUUUGCCUGCUGACCCCGUCAUGUUUCUCUCUCUCUCUCAUAAAAAGAGGAAAAGCAGAUCUCUUGCCUCACACAGCAACAUCAGCUGCUCUUCUAGCGUCCUUGGGGGUGUGACUUCCUCUGAUUUUUAAGAAAUGGGAUCUUGGUCAUAAAUUGUAUAGCUGAUGUUUAAGGUGUUGUUUCUCAUUGCAGCUUUAUAGGCAGUUACUUUCUCAAAGAAUAAACAGGUUUGGGGGGAAGGUAGGGUGCAGAUGGUGGAACACAGCCUUGAUUUUCUAUCAUCACUUCCAUUGAUUCCAACAAAUGACAGGGACAUUCCUUUCUGUCAUAGUGUGAUCAGGCUUCUUUUAAUUAUUAUUUUAUUCUGCAAUAAUAUGUGUACAUCUGCAAACAAAUCACCAAACCUUAUUUUGCUAAAAGAAAAACACACAAAAAAAAGUUUUUUUUGUGAUAUAGAAUAUAUAUAAAGUAUAUAAAUAUAUAUAUAUAUAAAGUUGUGUAUAGUUUUACUUGUUGAAAUGGCAACUGAAGGAAAGAUUACUUUGUGUGUGACGUCACAGUCCCUGCUGGUAGAUUCUUUAUAUAUAGUUCUUCAGUGUAGUAUCCAAGAUGCAACUGAAAUUUAAAAGUUUAAAAAACUGAAGAUGUGGAGGCUGAAAUGAAAAGUAAUAGGCACUGUACUUCAGUCAGUAAAGUACCAAUUGUAGAUGGUCAUUGAUUUAUGUUGCAUGUUGCAAAAUUAAAAACGACUGUGCACUAGUUUAAGGCUCCGCUGAGUUCAGGGGAGAUUUGUUGAUGCAGUUUGAAUAAAGAAUGUCCCUUUUUGUAGUCACUCGAAGGCAGUAUUUGAUUAAACAUCCAGAUAUUAGAGCAACAUUAUAUAUUUUUUGUACACUACACACAGCUGACUUGCUGGGGAAGGUGGAAUUAAUUACCAUAUCAGCUCCUUGUGUCUGCUUUGCCAAGUCCCUCCCCAGAUAUUUAUGUAUUGUUAGACUGAGAAGAAGCCCAGGAGUCCGACAGCCUGGGACACUGAACGCUUUGAUGGUUAGUUUGCUUUUUUGUCAGUGUCCGAUUCCUACAUUCCCUUUGUAUAUUCUUCAAGUCCAACAGUUCCUGCUUUUGUCAACCUCUACCCAUGUUACUGUCUGCACCUGAGGAGGGCAAGAGACAUCAAAUUUAUUGAGGAGGCUUGAGUAGGUUAAAGGAUGUUUAAUGCACAGCCAGGUUUGACAAGUAAGCAUUUCGGGGCUGGUCAGAGUUGUUCAGACAGCGAGGGAAGGAAAAGAAAACUCCCUGCACGAGAUGACUGUGUAAAAACAAGGGAAUCUGACUGUUGUCUCACUCCGUACGGUUACGAAAGCUCAGAGUCAAUUGUGUAAAAUAAAAGGUGCUUUUGUUUUUAAAGGAAUGAUGUGAAAUUUGAGAUGAGUUUGCCUCUGAUUUUAAAAGUGCAAAAAAAAAGUUCUUCCCUGAUAGCUGUCACUGUGUUGCAUUUUUGUUUCCAUGGCAGAACGGUGUUUAAAUGAGAUUAAGGCGGAAGAGGUGGGUACUGUCCUGCUGCUCAAGUUCCCACAUGUACAGAUACAAAAAAGACAACAAGGGAACUGUCAAACUCUGACUGUGAAUUAUAGACAUGAUUGUGCAGAGAAUUGUGAGCAAGGGGCCGGAGGAGGCAUUUACUACUUACUGGUGUUCCAUGGGGACCGACCUGCCUUUCACUAUAGCAAUUUCAUAUCAUUUAUUUCCAAGAGUUUUUAAGGUCUCCCCCCCACCCCACCACUACUACCACCUUUUUGUAAGAUUAUUGUACAGUUUUGCAUGUGUUAGAUGUAAUCAGUUUUUUUUUAAAUCUUUUGGUUUAGGUUAAAGGCUGACUUCACUAAAUUAAUUGCUUGGCUUUAUCACUCAGUUUUUGCCCUUAAUGUUUUUAGGGGUUAAUUUGUAAGAGGAACUAUUGCUGAUUGUAGAUUCUUUUGCACAAGAAUAUUUAAGGUGGGCAGUCUGACUAUUAAAGACCAGCCACCAUUAUUUUAUGUUGGUGACACACACUAAAUAUUAACCAAGACUUUGAUGUAUUUCAAUAAAACAGGGAACUGUUCCAAA